GCUGCCGGCGCUGCCGGGGCCGGUGCCGGUCCGGUCCGGCGGGCCCGGGGCCGCGGGCGGGGCGGGGGCGGGGGCGGCGCUGCCGGCCCGGCCCGGGGCGGGGGGGCCGGACGGGACGGUGACGGUCCCCGGCGCGGCGGGCCCGGCGCGGCCGCUGGCGGAGCAUGAGGGAGCCAUGAGCCCGCUGCGGGGCUGGCUGCUGGCCGCGCUGCUCUCGCUCGCCCCGCGGGCAGGUCCCGCCGCGCAGGCCGGGGCGGUGCCGCGCAGGGUCCCGCGGGCCGGAUGGCAGGACGGGCGGGUGGUCUCCCAGAUCACCCACCCCAGCAGGCUGGUGGGGCAGAGCUCGGGAGGAGGAGAAGUGGCAAAGCACCAGCUGGACACCAGGGUCAGGAAUGAGCCCGGAGGAAGAGGAGGAGGAGGAGAAGGACCCGGGCUGCACCUGGCGCAGGUGAGCUUCGUGGUGCACGCCUUCGGCUCCACCUUCACCCUCGACCUCCGGCUGAACCACCACCUCCUCGCCUCCCACUACGUGGAGCGGCACCUCGGCGUGGGCGGCAACGGCAGCCACAGCACGGGCGCGGGGGAGCACUGCUACUACCAGGGCCGGAUCCGGGGGCAGCCGCGCUCCUUCGCCGCCCUCUCCAGCUGCCAGGGCCUGCGGGGGGUCUUCUCGGACGGCCGAGCCACCUACCUGAUCGAGCCCCAGGCGGGCGCCGAGCACGGGCAGGGCCUCCGACCGCACCUCGUCCAGCGCGUCCCCAGCUGCCCCCGCCUGGGCUGCCUUUUCCCUGCGCUGAGCCAGCGAGACACGGGUGGGAUCCCAAAGCUGCGACGGCGGCGGCAGGUCCGCCGAGCCCAGCACACGGUGCACAGCGAGACCAAGUACAUCGAGCUGGCCGUGGUGAACGACCACCGGCUGUUCCAGCAGCUCCGCAAGUCCGUGGUUCUCACCAGCAACUUCGUCAAGUCCGUGGUCAACCUGGCUGACAUGAUCUACAAGGAGCAACUCAACACCCGCAUCGUGCUGGUGGCCAUGGAGACGUGGGCGGCGGAGGAUCGGAUCCAGAUGGGACGGGACUCCCUGGAGAUCCUGAACGAGUUUGUGAAGUACCGGCGGGAGGGGCUGGCGGAGCACAGCGACACCGUCCACCUCUUCUCGGGUCGGACGUUCGAGAGCAGCCGCAGCGGCAACGCCUUCGUGGGGGGCAUCUGCUCCCCCACCCGCGCCUGUGGCGUCAACGAGUACGGCAACGUGGCGGCCAUGGCGGUGACGCUGGCACAGACCCUGGGGCAGAACGUGGGCAUGAUGUGGAACAAGCACCGCACGGCCGCAGGGGACUGCCGGUGUCCGGACUCGUGGCUGGGCUGUAUUAUGGAGGACACAGGGUAUUACCUCCCGAGGAAGUUCUCCCGCUGCAGCAUCGACGAGUACAACCAGUUCCUGCAGGACGGCGGCGGCAGCUGCCUCUUCAACAAACCCCUCAAGCUCCUGGACCCUCCAGAGUGUGGCAAUGGCUUCGUGGAGGCGGGCGAGGAGUGUGACUGUGGCUCUCUGGCGGAGUGUGCAAGGAGCGGGGGGAACUGCUGCAAGAAGUGCACCCUGACCCACGACGCCAUGUGCAGCGACGGGCUCUGCUGCAAGGGCUGCAAGUACGAGCCGCGAGGUGUGUCCUGCCGGGAGGCCGUGAACGAGUGUGACAUCCCCGAGAGCUGCACCGGGGACUCCAGCCAGUGUCCCCCCAACCUCCACAAGCUGGAUGGAUACUUCUGUGAGAACGAGCAGGGCCGAUGUUACGGCGGGCGCUGCAAAACCCGAGACCGUCAGUGCAACGCUCUGUGGGGCCGGGGCUCGGCCGAGCGCUUCUGCUACGAGAAGCUGAACGUGGAGGGGACGGAGCGGGGGAACUGCGGGCGCGAGGGCCUGGGCUGGCUGCAGUGCAACAAGCAGGACGUCCUCUGCGGCUUCCUCCUCUGCGCCAACAUCUCGGGGUCGCCGCGGGUGGGGGAGCUCAGCGGGGAGAUCGCCACCACCACCUUCUUCCACCAGAACCGCUACGUGGACUGCAGGGGGGGCCACGUGGAGCUGGUGGACGGCUCAGACCUGAGCUACGUGGAGGACGGGACGCCCUGCGGGCCCGGAAUGCUCUGUCUCGACCGCAAAUGCCUUCCAGCCAGCGCCUUUAACUUCAGCUCCUGCCCCGGUAGCUGGGACGGGAAGAUCUGCUUCGAUCACGGGGUUUGCAGCAACGAGGGGAAGUGCAUCUGCCGGGCGGAGUGGACCGGGAAGGACUGCAGCGUCUACGACCCCAUCCCGGAGCCGAAACCCACGGGGGAGACGGAGCGAUACAAGGGUCCCAGUGGCACCAAUAUCAUUAUCGGCUCCAUCGCGGGGGCCGUGCUGGUGGCUGCCAUCGUCCUUGGGGGGACAGGCUGGGGAUUUAAGAACAUCCGCCGAGGAAGGUACGACCCGGCGCAGCAGGGAGUGUAACCGUGUCCCCCCCAUCGUCCCGUCACCGUCCCUGUCACCGUCACCGUCACCGUCACCGUCACCGUCCGGCAGCCUGACGGCGUGGGAGCCCCCGGGCCCGUCUGUCCGUGUCGCUGUGUGUCCGGCCGUGCUGUCUCCAUCUCUGUGCCCCCACGGCUGAACAGGGACAGCGGCUGGGGGGGGCCUGGCAGCAGCCCCCCCCCCGGUGCUGGCUCAAUUCAGCUCAGUGUCCCCCCCCCUCCCCAUGUGUCACCCCCCUGUCACAGCCCCCCACUAAACACACCCCACUUCUGUGUUGCAGGUCCGGGGGGGCCUGAGCGGGGCCGCUCUGCCCCACCCCCCCAGCGCCUCAUUAACAGCAAUUAAAUGGGGCGGCGCUGCCGAGGGUCCGGCCGAGGAGGAGAGCGGUGGGGGGGGGGCACCCGGGACCACCCCCCGACCCCCCCACUGCACCACCACGAAUGUACAGGGACCCCCGGCCCCCCCGGGCUGGCGGCACUCGGCACCGGGAUGAAUGUACCUGCGGGGGCAAGGGGAGCCCCCGGCCCCACAUCCCUCCCCUGCCCCCCCCAGCAGCAUCUUCCAGCUUGGGGGCCCCCCACGGCAGCCCCGGGUACCCCAGGGUGAGGCCAGUACCCCCAGUACCCCCAGUACCAGGCCAGCACCCCCUCCCAGUGCAGGACCUGGGAGUUGUGUCCCCCCCAGCCCACACGGGGACCAAGGACUGCACCCCCAGAUGUGCCUCCCUCACCCACCCCCCUCCCAAAAGUGGCUCAGCAGCCCCCAUAUGGGAUAUAUCCCCUCAAACUUCCCCCAACCCCCCCUGUCAUGGCUACACGCCCCCAAGCCAUGGGACCCCGAGGUCCCCAGUGGUGGGACCGGCACCCACGGGUGCCAGCUCUCCCUCUAGGGUGGGGGGCUGUCCCCCCACCACUUCCCCAGCUCAGGCAGGUGAACCCCAGACAGGUGGCACUGGGGUUGGGGACCAGGUGACAGCAGGGCCCU